CCCAAGAGAAGAAGCGAAAGAUUAAGCAGACGGCAAUCGAUAUUGGUUAAUAAGGCCUAUGACCUAGCAGAGUUCUGUAAUGCUGACGUAGCCCUUAUCAUCCGUUCUCUUCGGACUGGGCGUUACUUCACGUAUUAUUCUAUUAAUCUCGCAUCCUGGCUACCGACUAAAGAGCAAAUC